AUGGCUCGACUGGGAGCCUGGUUGCUGACGGCCAUCGUGGCCAUAGUGGCAAUCGACUCCACGGUCGCCACGAACUGUUCAGCUGCCGACGCAACCCGAAACUGCAUCGACGGUCUUGUCGUUCCCAUCUGGCGACCAUUUUUGGAUCUGAGCCCUGGAGACAAAAUCGUCCGUGGUUUUAUAUACUUUAUCGUCAUCGCCUACUGCUUCUUGGGCGUAUCGAUCGUGGCUGAUCGUUUCAUGAGCAGUAUUGAAGUCAUCACCAGUAUGGAGAGAACAAUCAUCGUAAAGAGACCGGGGCUUGAUCCCAUGCAAGUCAACGUACGAAUAUGGAAUGAUACCGUCUCAAAUCUGACUCUCAUGGCACUGGGCUCUUCCGCUCCGGAAAUUCUGCUCUCCAUCAUUGAGGCAAGUCAAUUAGCUCUUGGGCAUUUUAGGCAAACUAUCGACUUUCCCACUCCUCUAAAAAGUUAUUCUGACAAUCUUCUGCAGGUGAUGGCCAAAAAGUUCGAAGCCGGUGAUCUUGGUCCGAACACCAUCGUCGGAUCGGCUGCUUUCAACCUCUUCAUGAUCAUCGCCAUCUGUGUUGCGGUCAUUCCUAGAGGAGAAGUCCGUCGGCAAAAACAUUUGGAUGUGUUCUUUGUGACUGCUUCGUGGUAA